AUGUUCUACCCGAGCAGCGACAAUAAGACACACGGCGUGUGUGCAGUGCUGGACCGCCUACCUCAUAGCUUCGCGUGUUUGGCUGUGGCUGCUGACAAGUCGCGCCGUGCGGAUCUCAACAAGACACUGUCAGAAUGGAAGACCAGGGCUGCCGCUCGCGUGAGAGACAUUGCACUUCCCAAGCUCGGCCUAUUCCGUGACGAUAGGGACGCCUCCAGUCCGUGGGCACCAGAGAAGGAGCGCAGCAUCGAGAAGAUAAGGGAGCGCAUUGGGCUUGGAGCUGACCCCCCUGCAAUGCGCGACAUGGAGCUGCAUCUGGUGCACGGCAUGGUGCUGAAGGUGCAGCUGGAGGAGGUGGCUGGAGGCGUUGGGGAGCGAGUGGCGGCGUUGGAGACCAAGUUGAGGGAGCAGGGAGACGCCAUGGCUGCUUUGAAGCGCGACGUGGCCGACAUGCGCCGUGCCAUGGCCCACGUCAAGGGGAUGAUGGCGACGGGCGCUUUGGCGGUGAAAAGUGAAGGGGAAGGGGGCUUAAAAAGGAGUGCGCCGGGAGAGGCAGCGGAGGGGAUUGGCACGCAGCUUCCGAAAGGCGCACGGCUGGACAACGCUUUUGCUGAGCUGGACAUGGAGGAGGUGAAGGCGUAG